AUGUCGUCUUUUGCUGCUGCCAAUGAUGAAGAGACAUCUAGCGGAUGUUCCAUGAAACGAGAAAUUGUACUUGGCAUCCUUACCUGUGAAGUGCAUCUCAAGCUGAUUGUUGAUCCGUCUUCUUCGAAAGGUUGCGUGAUUCGUUUUUCGGUCGUGGUAUCGAGAAGCAGUAUGCGCCGGUUUGAUGAUCGCGGUGGUUUUCGGGGUGGAGAGAGAGUAGGCCUUGGCUCUAUGGUGGAAGAAGUGCGUCGCGUCAAUGUUGAGAAGCCCGUGAAUCGAGAGAAAACUUGUCCUAUGCUUUUGCGUCUAUUCUAUCAACUGGGCCGUCAUCAUUCUCCCAUGGAUUACGCUCACGGGAAGACCCCAUUGGUUGAACUCCAAAUCUACACUUGGAUGGAUGCAAGUCUCCGUGAAUUAACGAUGUUAAUUACCGAAGUUAACCCCGACAUGCGUCGCCGUGGAACCAGCUUUGAGUUCAAGAUCGUCAGUGCGGGAAACAAUGGGUAUCGUUUGCGGGAAAUCGGUUCCACCAUCUCCGGUAUGAAAGGACCGGAAGAUGCCAAAACGUUGUCGCAAAGUGGGUUCGUCAUUGGCGACUAUUUGGACAUUUGCAUCACUCCGGCCCAACGAGUUAUGAAUCAGAGGCGACCGCGCCCCUACUGA